AUGGAACCGCUGAGGGUUAUGACGUGGACCACACUGGUAGUGUUGGUGCUACUUGUGGAUGGUAUAACCAGCUGUUACUGCCCACCGAUGCCUUUUCAGGAUCAAUUCUGCAACUCCCCCUUAGCAAUAAAGGGGUUCGUAGAAUCAGGGGAGCCGGUAUGGUAUGGAUUCAGAAGAGAGUAUACUCGUUACGUGGUCAAAAUUGACCACGUGUUCAAGAAGCCAGCAAGCGAGAUGUUUGGAGAAAAGAUUGUCAUUUCAGUGCCGUAUCAGCCGUCUAUGUGUGGGGCGACAUUAUCGGAAGGUCAAAGUUAUCUGCUGACGGGAUCUUAUUUCCCAUCAAACUUUGAAAAGUACCAAACAAACGCUUGCGACCUGAUUGAUCGUUAUGAAAAUCUAUCAGCUGAAGAGAUUGAAGGCAUUUCUGGAGGUUUUGGAUGUAAUUUUAACAUGCAAAAGGAAAUCAACUUUAAAACAUACUGA